AUGAACGCCCUUAAGGGAUAUCUCGCUCCUGGGAAAAAGGCCGAGCAAGAUGCGAAGAAAGCAAAGAAAACUGGAACAUCAGCACCAAUGCAGUUGGAAAUGCAUACAACCCCUCCUCUGGGUUCACCACUGGCUCCAUCCUUUGCCGACCGUUCGAGGCCAUCCUCUCUAUAUCCAGAAGGUGAUUUCAGAAAUGGUCCCAGGGAGAGUGUCUUGACUGUCAGAUCUGAUGUAGUUGUCAGUUGGUUACAUCAACAGCAAAUGGAAAAACUAUGGGCCGUUGGUGCUCCGGGAGAGGGUGUCAUCUUGAAGAAGGCAAAGGGUGAUUUCACAUGUUGUCCGCCUUCUUUAAGGACGGAACCAUCAGGUAUUUUUGACUACAUUGUAGCAAUGAAUGUCAAAGCUGCCAUGACUGUCAAUACUCGUGUCAUCAAAAUCUUCCUCGCCCGUCAGCACGCUGAUUAUGUUCCUCUUUCGGAUGGUCUCCGUCUUCAAGUUCUUCCUACCGUCGAGUAUCUACCUCGAUGCCAAAAGCAUCACUUUGGUGCUUUCAUCCAAGACCAACAAAUUCUCAUCGUCUGGGACGAUGACCCAAAGCACUUGUUGCAGAGAGCAGAGUACAUAGAAAGAUCUUUGCUGGAGAUGAUCUGGGCCGAUGACGACGAAGAAACCGACGAAAAGAAGGGUGGAGCAAAUGUUUCCACCGCUGAUUUGGGAAGCGGAUCUGACGUCGAAGAUGGUUAUGGGGCGCAAGAAAAAAGACCAACACUACUACUUAACCCUCUCAUGGUCGGUGCAACUUUGUGUCUUCUCGUCACCGCUCUCGGUCUCGGUUGGAGAAAACUUGGACUUGAAGUCGCUGUUGAUGGAAAUUACACUCGAUUGGCUUUACUCGCCGUCGUUCCUUGUCAAAUUUUCGUUUCCCUUUUCUUCAUGCAAGUAAUUAUCGUCAAUUUGACCCAGUGUUUUGGACCAAUCAACAACUUGAACAGUAACUCGAAAUUCUACUCCGGAAAAGCUCCUCAACGUCUCAACCGAAAUAACAGAGAACUUCCUCACGUCACUAUCCAGAUGCCUGUCUACAAGGAAGGUCUCGUUGGUGUUAUUCAACCUACCAUCAUUUCUCUCAAGGCUGCUAUCUCUACCUAUGAACUUCAAGGUGGAACUGCCAACAUCUUCAUCAAUGAUGAUGGUAUGCAAUUGCUUCCUGAAGACGAAGCUCAAGCUCGUCGUGACUUUUAUGAUGAACAUACUAUUGGAUGGGUCGCGCGUCCUGGCCACAAGCCCAACCCUGAGAAUGGUGAAAAAGCUUUCCUUCGUCGUGGUAAAUUCAAGAAGGCUUCCAACAUGAACUACGCUCUCAUGGUUUCCAACAAGGUUGAAGAAAGACUUCUCACCAUUGCGCGUCAUGAUGGUUGGUCCCAGGCUGAGGAAUACAUUGCUUAUGAUCAAUGCUUAGCUCGAGUUUUGGAAGAGGAAGAGGGUCGUGCCUGGGCUGGUGGUAAUAUUCGUGUGGGUGAUUACAUCUUACUUAUUGAUUCCGAUACCCGUGUUCCCGCCGAUUGUCUCUUGGAUGCUGCGAGUGAGAUGGAACAAUCUCCUGAAGUCGGUAUCUUGCAAUUCAACUCUGGUGUUAUGCAAGUCACUGAUAGUUUCUUCGAAAAUGGCAUUACCUUUUUCACCAACCUCGUCUACACCGCUAUUCGUUUUGCCGUCGCCAUGGGUGAUGUUUCUCCCUUCGUCGGCCACAACGCCAUGCUCAGAUGGUCCGCCGUUCAACAGGUCUCCUACCACGAUGAAGACGGCUACGAGAAAUUCUGGUCCGAAUCCCAUGUCUCAGAAGAUUUCGACAUGUCGCUCCGUCUCCAAGUCAACGAAUACAUCAUCCGCUAUGCCGCAUACACUGGCGAUGGCUUCAAAGAAGGAGUUUCCCUCACCGUCUACGACGAGCUUGCGCGUUGGGAAAAAUACGCUUAUGGAUGUAAUGAACUUCUCUUCAAUCCUCUCCGCUUCUGGAUCACGCGCGGUCCGUUCACGAAAUUGUUCCGAGAAUUUUUGAGAUCCAAUAUGAGAUUCACAUCCAAGAUUACAAUGAUGGCGUAUAUCGGUACUUACUACGCAAUUGGCGCCUCGUGGAUCCUGACCCUCGCGAAUUAUUUCAUCAUGGGUUGGUAUGUGGGCAUGUACGAUAAAUACUAUCUCGAUUCCUUCCAGGUGUACUUCUCGCUCAUCAUUGUCUUUUCCCUCUUGGGUAAUGUUUCGCUGGCCGUUCUCCGAUACCGAUUGAACGAACGUGGAUUCUUCUCUUCUUUCUUCGAAAAUCUCAAAUGGCUCCUCCUCAUGACCGUCUUCCUGGGCGGACUCUCCAUGCACGUCUCCCAAUCCCUCCUCUGCCAUUUCUUCGAAAUCGACAUGACCUGGGGCGCCACGGCCAAAGAAGUGGAAAACGUCACCUUCUUCGAAGAAAUUCCGCGUCUGCUCAAGCGCUUCAAAUACACCUUCCUCUUCUGCAUUCUCAUGACUGCCGGCAUGAUUGUCUGCGCCCUCGUCGUGCCCUGGAAUUGGAGAAUCGAUACUUUUGUCGCCAUUUUCCCCCUGUGUACCGUGGUCGUGAGUCACUUUUUGAUGCCCAUUGCCUUGAAUCCCGCGUUGAUGAUGUUUACGUGGUGA